GAUUUUCAAGCAAAAACACAGAAGCAAAAGGAAGAGGACCAAGAAACGCGUGCCAAACAGCUUCUAAUUCUGUUGAUUGUGUGCACUGCUCUUAUCGCCGUCCUGAUAGCAGUCUUCAUCAUCUUUCUGUGCUUCGUCAUUAAAUGGCUUAUGAAGACGAAAAUCUGAAGUGUCUUAAUAUAAUUCAAGAAUGAAACCACAAAAUAAGACUUUAAUUUAAAAAUCACACGUAAAAUUAUACAAUAUAAUAAUGACGGAUAUACAAUCUACAACAGAUAAAGUUUAUUUCAGAAACAUUGCUCAGGAAGGGAAGUUGCUCUCUUUAAAAGAGUGCUCCUUUCCCUUGACGUUUUCGAGYUGUACCGUGGGAUUUAUGGACGUACAAAUACGUCGUGUUUCCUGGAAUUUUMGACACUGAACAAGCGGCAUAGUUAUUUAGCAGAGUAGCAGAUAGGUCUUUUAACAUUCUCUCUCAGGACAAGACGUUGCCCUAUUUACAUGAAUGUUAGGGGCUUAUAUACACUUAUUACCCAAUAGGUAAUUGCCAUAAUGCUUUAAAGUUUGCCAACACUAUGUAUCCAGCCGGUGCUUUUUAAUAAGUACGCAGGCUAGUCAUGGUAAAUAAAUUUUACUGGUAUCAUUGUAAGCUGAAUGAAGUCAACAAAGUUUAAAUUUAAGUUUGCCAACACUGUGAGCUUCUAAAAAUACGCGACGGACAACCUCAUGACCUCAAAAUUUUCAUUGAUAACGCGAAAUAACACCUGAAAACGGCUGCGAGGAGUUUAUCUAAAAACACGUGAUGGACCAUCUCUUGACCUCAAAAUCAGCGGAUUCUCGGAAAGACUAUUUUUGUAUUACCGUGAAUUUUUAUUUCAGUUCCUGUGACUGCACAUCCCCAUUCCAAGUUUCCUGAGUAGAGAAGGAAAAGCAACUGGAAAAUGGAGCAUAGUCGGUUCUUUUCAUUUGGUUUGGCAAUAUGUACAUUCCUAUGGAUUUUAGUUGGAUAUGUAGUUUUCUUGGCCGACAUUUUGGAUAUACCGGGCAUUGUUUCAGAAUUUGAGCAUAAUUCAUCGCCAUGCAAAAAUAGCUGCAAGGUUAUAUUGCCUCACACCUCUGCGGACAGGUUUGACUCCCUCUCAUUGCGCGAAUCUCAAGCGUUGAUUGUGCAUUUUCAUGGCAACAAUUUAUCGAGUCUUAAGCCUUCAGAAGACACUGAUAUUCUGGAUCCCGUCAAUCUCGUUUGGGUUGAAAGCAUYACAGCACCAUUCCUGUCGCUUGAUUUGGGCUUCAAUGUUUAUUCAUUCACGACUUUAUGGCGGAAAGUUCAUGACAUGCCAUUGAUGGUUGAAUUUGAAUCGCCUAAAUGCUUACAGAACAUAAGUUACAGUUGCGUUACAGCAAGUUUGGCGSAAGCAUUCUUAACUAACGUCACUCAACUGAAAGGUGCAUUGUGUUAUGUUAUUAAGAACGCUACUUGGGGUAUUACGAAAUAUAAAUGUUGCCACAAAAGAGACUUUCACAUGSAAAUAAAAUGUAACAUUUCUGCCUCCGAAAGUUCUGAGAUGCGUGGAGUUUUCAUUGCAAUGGUGAUUGUAGGAACAAUAUUCUUUUUGUGUUUUCCCGUCAUUUUCACUGGCUUUCCUGAUGAAGUCGACAGCUCACAAACCAUAAGCGCCAAUGCACAAGCUCGUAAUCCUUUGUAUCGUUUUGCAAACUUUUCUGUCCAAAGAAUACGACAUCAUAACAAAGUAAAAAGACUUGUUAUUGGUUUUUCACUGCCUAUAUUUUUUUAUAUUCACUGCGGGCUAAUAUCGCACACAGCCAAUUAUGACAUACCAAAGAUCUUCAAUGAUGCCGUAAGAAAGGAUUGGAAGAAGGAAAAACUCCAAAGAGUAGACCUUUCAGUUACAGUUUAUAUUUUAGCGGUCCUAUUAAUUUCCUUCUCUGAACGAACUGAAACUCUUGAUUUUUCUCAGGCACCGCAAAGGUUGCAAAGACAAGUACUAAAACUAAAAUCCUUGAUUCACCAGUUGACUGAUCUCAAGAUGGAUUGGAUGGUACCUUACUCUAUUGCUAAACAAGCUUUAAAGAGACUGAUCUGGUUCAAAGGUCAAACUUCUCUUUGCUGCAAAAUUAUUAAAUUUCUACUAAGCUCCCUCGCUAUUUUGUUCGUGUUUCCCUUCCUUGUAAUUGUAUUUAUCGUCUACGGCUUAUACAUCUCGCCUUUGAUCCGAUUUUGUACAAUCUUUUUCUCUCAUGUGAUUAUCCACAUUUUAUGGUAUAGCUCAAGGUUCAUUGGAUGGUUUGAAAUAACGGGGCUCGAGUGCUUCAAGUUGAACUUAUCAAUACUUAUGGUUAUACUUCUAGUUUAUGCGGUCUCCUUUUCCAUGAUGUACCCCUUGAUGAACUCCUUGGUAGUUAUAAUCUCUCACUCACUGCUAUUAGUUUCACGAUUCAUCACMUAUCUCAUCAUGGGGAUAGUAGCCAGUAAAGAUGACUUUUUGCCGCUUAUUGCACUCUUUACUCUUUUUGCGUUCUACAUUUGGAACUGCUUCAGCUCUGUUGGAAAUACAUACAAAGACCUUCUUGAACAAACAUACAGCAAAUGUGAAGAAUAUCAAGAAAAACAAGAAAGAAAAGUAAUAAAAAUAGAUGAAAAAGAGAUACCAAGAAUUAAGCGAUUGAGUGAUCUUUUCCAAAACGUCGUCGAUGAAAUUCUGCCAUUUAGUAAAGCCUACACCGUAAUGUUUCUAAAGAUUGUAGUCAUUGGAUCGUUUUUGGUCUUAAYCUACUGUGCUAUYUUGGYAUAUGGAGAAACAAKUCUUAAAAAUGACUUGACAAAGACGWUSGYCRUUUUUUUGACYGGRCUUAUCCCAAAAWUGRUUGAGAUAUUUCGAGGCGGCAAACCCAAGGAGUUUGUUGACAAAGAAAAUGSAURUAAGAUCAAGAAGAUAGURGAGGCCUUUUUUGAAGUAAAAGAAGUUGGCAUUCAAACARCCGACAUUAAUCCUCAAGAUGAUGAUCUCGAACAACAUGAUCCCAACCCAGGAGAAACGUCUAAUAGGCCGACGGCGCCGAGAAACCAUAGCAGAUAUGCAUUUUCCGAAGAUUUAAUUCACGGAGAAGAUACAUGKAAAGAUGUUUUCGCAGGAARAGACGUUGCCAUUCAAACAGAAAUGGAUCCUUCAGAAUAUCAUGUAAUGCAGGAGGGAGAUCCUGAAGAAACCCCUGAAGAUUCCACGAGAAACCCGUCUGACGGUGAUACCAACAGUCAAAGGACUUCACAAGGAUCACAAGGACUUCAUCAGCUAGUCCAUGCAGAUGUUAAUCCAAGAUUGUCAAGGAGCAACAGUGAUCCUGGCACCAACAUGCCUCUCGCGCUACUCGAAAAACUUCAGACUGAUGAACAAGGCAAAARCAGGAAAUAUGKAACUAGUGAGUGUUAG